AUGUCAAGAAAGUUGAAUUUGGCUAUGUUAGUAGUAGCAACUGCUUUGUUCAAUAUUUCAAUGGCGCAAAAUACUUAUGUAGUAGGUGAUGCUUUGGGUUGGACUGUACCUCCUGGCGGAGCCGCCGCUUAUUCCACCUGGGCUGCCCCGAAAAUCUUCUCAGUCGGCGACACUCUUGCUUUUAACUUUGCGACUGGAGCACACAAUGUUGCUGAAGUAUCCAAGGCUGAUUUUGAUUCAUGCAACACCGCAAGUCCGAUUUCCACAUCAACUAAUGGACCAACAAACAUUAUAUUAAACUCUGUUGGAACACAUUAUUACCUUUGUACAUUUGCAGGGCAUUGUGACCUAGGCAUGAAAUUGGUUAUAACUGUCUCCGCUGCCUCCAUCUCUCUUGCUCCUCGGCUUGUACCUGUCACGCCCAUUACUCCACCAACAACCACCCCAAUAUCUGCUCCUGCCACGCCUACGCCACCAAGAGCUAACCCCACUACUCCACCGAUAGCCACCCCGAGAUCUGCUCCUGUCGCGCCCACAAGUUCUUCACCAAGAGCUAAGCGUACUGCUCCACCUAUAGCCACCUCAGUAUCUGCUCCUUCCAACUCUAUUACUCCACCAGCAGUCACUCCAGUAUCUGCUCCUAUCACCCCCAGUACUCCACCAAGAGCCACAUCCACUACUCCACCAACAUCUACCCCAGUAUUUGCUCCGACCAAUCCCACUACUCCACCAAGAGCCAAGCCAAUAUCUGCUCCUGCCAACCCCACUACUCCACCUAUAGCUACCCCGAAAUCUUCUCCUUCCAGGCCCACAAGUUCACCAAGAGCUAAGCGUACUACUCCACUAACAGCCACCCCAGUAUCCACUCCUGUCACCCCCACUCUUCCACCAAGAGGCAUGUCUAUUACUCCACCAAGAGCCGCACCAGUAUCUGCUCCUGUCAACCCCACUACUUCACCAACAUCCACCCCAGUAUCUACUCCGGCCACCCCUACUAAGCCACCAAGAGCCACCCCAAUAUCUGCUCCUGCCACCCCAGCUACUCCACCAAGAGCCAAGCGCACUAUUCCACCAACAACCACUCCAGUAUCUGCUCCUGCCAACCCUACUAUUCCACCAACAACCACCCCAGUAUCCGCUACUGUCACCCCCAUUACUCCACCAAGAGCCGCACCAGUAUCUGCUCAUGUCAACCCCACUACUCCACCAACAUCCACCCCAGUAUCUACUCCGACUACCCCUACUAAGCCACCAAGAGCCACCCCAAUAUCUGCUCCUGCCACCCCAGCUACUCCACCAAGAGCCAAGCGUACUAUUCCUCCAACAACCACUCCAAUAUCUGCUCCUGCCAAUCCUACUACUGCACCAACAACAACCCCAAUAUCUGCUCCUACCAUACCUACUACUCCACCAAGAGCCACGUCCACUACUCCACCAACAUCCACUUCAGCAUCUGUUCCUGAAAACUCUAAUACUCCAACAAAAUCCACACCAAUAUCUGCUCCUACCACCCCCAAUACUCCACCAAUAUCCACGCCGAUCACGCCACCAACAGUCACCCCGAUAUCUACUCCUGCCACGGCGAAUGCUCCACCAACAACCACCCCAGCUGCUCCUAUCACCCCUACUAUUCCACCAACAGCUAUCCCAGUAUCUGCUCCUUCACCAGUGACAACUCUAGCACCUGUACCUACGCCAUCUGGGAGCCCUUCCGCCCCAACACCUUUAUCCAUUAUUAACCCACCGUCUCCCCCCGCGAUUCCAUCGACGCCAUUGGCCGGUUCUCCGAUUACGCCUCUGCCUUCCCCUAGUGUCAUUCCACCAUUUGGUAUCCCCUAUGUCCCAACACCUCCAUCGAUCGAGUCUCCGGUUAUGCCACCGCCUCCACCAAGUGCUGCUGCACCAUCUUUGGUUCUUGCAGCAUUGCCAGUCACUUUCUUGGCCAUGGCUUUAGCUAACUUGUUGAAGUAGAUCAUAGUA